AUGGUCUUUGCUGCUUCCCUGGCCGAGCUCCAAGCAGAGGCCAGCUGUCCCAUCUGCCUGGAUUACCUGAGAGACCCAGUGACCAUUGCCUGUGGGCACAACUUCUGUUCCUCCUGCAUCCACCAGCGCUGGGAAGGUCUACAGGGCACCUUUCCUUGUCCUGUCUGCCUCUACCACUGCCCUGACGGGAGCUUGAAGAGGAACACCCAAUUAUGUUACAUGACUGAGAUUGCUAAGCAGAUUCCUACCUCAGGGAUCCAGAGGAAAAUGCAGGAAGAAAUACCCCUGUGUGGGAAGCACCAUGAGGUCCUGACCCUGUUCUGUGAGAAAAGCCUGGAGCUGUUGUGUCCCCAAUGCAAGGGCUCCUUAGACCCCCAGGAUCAGCCCCUGAUCCCCAUUGAGGAAGCUGUAGCUAGUCAGAGAGGGAUGCUCAAAAGGUACAUUGGGGUCCUCACUAAGAGCCUUGAAAGUGAUGAAACUGUAUAUAAAAAGCAAGAUGCAAAUAUUUGUGAAGUAAAGAGAAAGAUGGAAAAAUGGAGGGAGGAAUUGGACUAUGAAUGUAAAGAACUUAAGUUUUUAUUGGAAAUAGAGCACGAUGAAAUUGAUAACGAUCUGCUUAUAGCAGAGAAUGAUGGUGAAGAAAAACUAAUUGAAAACGGAAGGCAAAUUUCAUACCAUAUGUUCAGGCUAAACAUUCUGUUAUUUGAAAUAGAAGAGAAGUGUUUGCAGACAGACCUGGAUUUACUCACAGGCAUUGAAAGCAUCCACAACAGCUAUGGAAACAUAGAGUCCCCAGCCAUCUUUUCAUAUAAAUUAAAGAAAGAGAUUUUCACUCUCCCCCCACAUUAUUUGGGCCUGCAUAACAUGAUCCACACGUUUCAGAUAGAUUUGACACUGGAUCCUGAAACUGCCCACCCAAGUCUCAUUAUAUUAAGAAAUAGAAAAAGUGUGAUAUAUAGGACAUCAUUUGGUUUUCAUAAUCCCCAGGCACUUACUUCUUACCCAGCUGUCCUGAGUUCUGAGGGAUUUGAUGCUGGCAGGCAUUUUUGGGUGGUAAACAUAGGAGGCACAGGGGAAUGGUCCUUAGGUGUGUGUAAGGACUCUUUCCCCAGAAAUACUCUAUCAUCAUCAUCCCCAAGCAAUGGCUGUUGGACUCAUACAUUUGGCCCUGCCUCUAUAGGACAAGGAAAGAUUGGUGUUUUCCUGGACUAUGAGUUGGGAGAGGUUUCAUUUUAUAAUUUGAAUAGCUGCUCAUACUUGCAUGGAAUCACUGCUACAUUUACAGGAAAACUUAUGCCUUAUUUCUCCGUUGCAUCUUCUUCAGAAUCUCUUACAACCAGUAUCAUCAGAGUCUAG